AUGCAUGCACUAGGCGAGCUCUGAGAGCAUGGCCGUGGAAGCUAUCCAUUGCAGUCUAAAUCCAAAUGGUAUCGAUCUCUCUGUCCACGCGGAAGGCAUCAACCUGCAACUUGAAGGUGAGAGGGUGGAAUCGACCUCGCUUAAGAAGGAAAACUCAUCCAAGUUGCCUGAGUCGAAAGGAACGCCUAAGAGGCAGCAAGUAGAGCCAGAAGCGUCUAAGGCUCAUAUUGUGAAACUGACCAAGCCGGUAGCACUGUGGACCCAGCUGGAUGUAUGCAAGUGGCUGAAGAAACACUGCCCAAAUCAGUAUCAAAUCUACAGUGAGUCAUUCAAACAGCAUGACAUAACUGGCCGCGCCUUGCUGAGGCUUACAGACAAAAAGCUCGAGCGGAUGGGGAUUGCUCCUGAAAGCUUGCGGCAGCACAUUUUGCAGCAGGUUCUCCAGUUGAAAGUGCGGGAGGAAGUCCGAAACCUUCAGCUGCUGACACAAGCCUCCAUAGAGAGUUCUCCGUAAACGUCACCAGCCCUCUCAAGCUGCUGCCCUGCCAGGCGAGACGAAAGUG